AUGUCGGAAGGGAUGGAAGGGUGCAGCAUUCCAAGUACAGACAAUCUUUCACUAGCAACAAUAAGCUACCUGGUUUUCUUAACAUUCCAAGCUCUUGUUGGGAUGUCACUGAAUGCUUUUAUUGUUGUCGUGAACUGCAUCGAUGGGAUCAGAAAGAGACAUCUGAAGUCUGUUGAUAAGAUCUUGACUGCUAUGGGCAUCUCCAGGUUUUGCUACUUGUGUACACUACAGGUAAAGUAUUUCUGGAUGGCAAUAUCUCUUCAGGCAUUGGAGCUGACAUCUCUGUUUAGAGCAUUCAAAGCUGUCAUCUGGUGUCUAACUUGUAGCAACCUCUGCUUCUCUGCCUGCCUGUGUGCCUUUUACUGUGCAAAGAUUGCUAACUUCCAGCACUACAUCUUCAUCCACCUGAAGAUGAGGAUCUCCAGAAUGGUCCCCUGGUUGCUCCUAGCUUCUGUGUUUCUGUCGCUGGUCAAUACUAUCCCUUUCUAUCGUGGUAUUUACACCAUAACCUGCAAAAACAAUAAUAGUUCCAGUGAAUUAGGAAAUGACACUCUUGUCGAUAUUACUAUGGAGACGGAUUUUUUAAACUUGUUUCUUUUCUGUGGCAUAGGGUUUUCCUUGGCUUUCUUUGUACUGGCCAUGUCAAGCUUCCUCUUGCUCUUUUCUGUGUGGAGACACACCCACCAGAUGCAGAAGGGCUUAGCCAGUUUCAGCAAUCCAAGCAUGGCUGCCCAUUUUAAGGCAGUGAAAACGAUAAUCUCCUUCUUGAUCAUCGAAGGCGUUAAUUUUAUAGCUUUGAUGCUCCUGCUGGCAAAUAUUUAUGGAGAGAGAAGUCCAGCAAGCCAAGUCUGCGCCAUCAUUUUAUAUGUUUGUCCUGCAGUACAAUCCAACACCUUGAUUUGGGGCAAUCCCAAAUUUAAAAGGGUAUUUAUUCGAGUCAUGCAUUAUAUUCAGCACAUGUUUUAA